CAUCAGCAUUUUUUACAUUCGACCAAAAUGAUUCAUUAUUUCUUGUUUCUUGUUCUCGCCUUACAAGUUGUUCAAACAAACUCUGCAGAGCAUGUACUGAAUGUCAGCGCUGGUGUCAGAGAAACUGUUGAACUCGCCUGUAAUGCAGAACCAAGACACAGUUUGGGCUCCUCACUGGAGCUAAAAUGGUACCGGUGUCAAAACAUCCAGGACUGUGAGCAGCUGAUUGGUACCGUCUCAUCAGCUUUACAAUGUCUAUCGACCAAGUUAAGACGAUUUCAUUUUUCCGCAAGAGGCUCAGAGCACAGCAAUUUCUACAUGGUCAUCAGUGACCUACAGGAGGACGAUGCUGGCUUCUACAAAUGUGUUAUAAGCUCUUCAAAGCAAAUCCUGACUACUCAAAAGGUCUAUCUACAAAUUAAGCAGGUUCUAGAAACAAAUGACUCCCAAUUGACGAGCACAACGGUGGAAACUACAAACGCAAAACAACACACAUCUCCUACCACACUGAACAGUUCAGUAGCUAAGAUGACCAUUAUUAGCAUUGCCGUCGCAGUGUGGCUCAGUGUGACUGCAUUGCUGCUCUUUCUCUGCCUGUUUGGGAGACACUUGUACCUGAAAUCAAGGCUGCAAGCGUCGGCCAGUUGGUCUGAUGUGUUCCAGAGAACACAAGCAUGUGGAGAAACUACUGCAGGACUCUAUUCGACCGAUCACCCACAUCAAAGAAUGAGAAGAGAUGGACCUCAAACAGAAGCAGAUGUGUAUGAAUCUCUAUCAAGACCUGCUAGUGACAUCUACAGGAAUCUGCACUUUCACAGUGGGGAAAAUGGAUGAAGAUGGAAUCAGAAGACAUUUUCCUCAAACCCAGAGAGCUGUUUAUAGUCCAACUGUGUCCAUUUUUAAUUAUAGAACCAAGUGAAUGAAAUAUUAAUGGAACAUGAAAACUCACUGUAAAUGAUGGUUUAUAAAUGUGAUUUGUAAGUAUAACAGAAGAGGAAGGAGAAGAGGUUCAAGCAGUUUUAUUGUCCCAACCCAAACCACUACAAGUGGAAUCCAGUUUGGUACAUCAGUGCGAAAAAUACUAUUAACUUAAUAUAAUAACAAUAAAAAAAAAAACAACUCCAUUAUACAUGACAUCCUAUUUCUGUG